AUGGCUACUAGACAAGAGAGAUGCAAUGUGUGUGGUAUUCAGGUAUGGGUGCCACUUCAGGCACAAACCUUCGUCUGUCCCCGAUGUCGUUAUAUCACAAGACGAAUUGUGCAACCAAGGCCACACCCAAUGCGUAACUACUAUCCCAAUUCGGGAAUGCCUGGAAAUGGUAACUAUCCUAGGCCAUCGUCGAUGCCACAUCUUGUGGUGCCUGGGAGGAAGAGGGCAGUGCUCUGUGGCGUGAGCUACUAUGGCCACCCAAAGAGUCUCAAGGGUAGCAUAAACGAUGUGAGGAAGAUGCAUGAUUUUCUGAUUAAUACGCUAGGCUUUCCUAGUUCAUCCGUCCUUCUCCUCACAGGUAUCACUUGGUUUCUCCCACCCCCACACAAGCAUUUGCACAAACACCUUAAACGCAAAUUGACACCCAAAUUUAAACAAGGAAUUAAUCAAAUACUAAUAUGA